CCUGGGGGAAGACAAGGAAAGUGAGCAACAAUAAAUCUGUGUCUUGUCAGGGGCCCAAAGGGAGCACAAGGAACGCUGUGCUUUGGAAAUCCCAUCUCAUGGGGUUUCCGGAGCACAGCUCCGGGUAUGUGAUCAAAGUAACAGCGUAAAUGACCAUUGUCAAAUAUGUGUAUUUGAAUUCCACUGAAACUCUUCAUCUCAGGCAUGUUUGUAUGAAAACGCAUCAGCUUUCUCGAGUGAAUAAGAAAAUUAGCAUUAAAUUGCUUUCCAUGGCAGUUGACUGAUCUCUGACUAGUUAAAGCAAUUGGUGGGUAAUACCUUUCACAUAAAAUAUUUUCAAUUAUUCUAAAAACAAUAAAAAUAAGCAGGCUUUCUCCAUAAGGACAGCCAAAGAGAAUAUACAACUAUUACACAGUUAUCUUGUAAUUCGUGCUUUGUUAAAACAGGUUUUUUUUGCAAGAGAUUUCAGAUUCUUGUCUACCUAUCUUAACGUGCAGGCUUUGUAAUGAAUAUGUGCAAAAACAGACUCACUACAAACAUUGUAUUGCUGCCACUUUCUACAAAGGUAGAAGGCCGCAGAACAUGAGUUGUUCCGUUUCUCUGCUCGUCCCAGGCUGGAGCCAUACCAGCAUCCAUCUUUUUUACUGCGCUCACUACAUGGAACUAAAACACUUCCAGAGAUUUUGACGUUACUGGAUUUCAUUGACAAGCAUAACACAGAAAAGCAGCAGUGCUUUCCCAGGAAUUAGGUGUGAGUAAAUAUAUCAGGGAACAACAGGCAGAGAUAGAAGGUGAACUAGAGACCUUGGUACUUACUUUUAAAAUAUUCUUCAAGAUUCAGUGACUGUUUGCUGCUACCCUCAUCUACAGUCAUGCCGAAUAAAGCUAUAACUAACUGGAAAGUUAAAUGUAUUCACAAGUUGUUAAUGUUUACAUCUUAUUUUUUGCAGUCUCUCAGAAAAAGCAAAAGUAACUACAAAUAGCACUGUGCCAGAAACUGAUUUCUUGACCAAGAUGGUCGCUGCAGCAUGCGAUGAACUGUUUCGUUCCCAAGGGGUCACAGUUGUUGACAAGAGGCUUUGUAUUUGAAUAUGGAACAUCUUUUGGAACAAGUCUGAAUGUUAAAUAUUUCCUGACACUUUGGAGUUAACUGUUGUUCUUUCAGUAAAACCUAGCAAGAAGGAAGAAAAAGCACCAUCCUUUUAGCGUUGGUACCCAACACUCAGUAUUCUUUUCCUGGGGAGAGGCCUGCCCUCUGCAGAGUGACAACAGAAUGUCACCUUCAUGACUCCACAGACACAGGAAAACCAGCACAUGCCUCGUCCUCAGGUUCUGAGGAGGCAGAUGAAGCCUUGGCUGCACAAAAACGGCCCAUUCCAACGUUCCUUUCACAGGAAAAGAAACGGAACUGGCACUUUCCUCACAUGCAAGCUCAUCAGGAUUUAGACACUUGUGCCUUAAUUUAAAUUCCAUUAAUGCUAAGGAGUUUGUAAGCAUCCUAAAGGCACUUGCACGCAUACAUUACUUUGGUGCCUUUUGUCACCAAUUAAUUUUGCUGUUCUUCUAAUUUAGGAACUCCUGCAGCCCCCAGCCUCUUUAUGUAUCUAUAUACAUACGCCUUUUACAGAAAUACAGCCUGAAAGCCUGUUUUCAUCAAGUGUUAUCCAAAAGCCAUCUCGUUGGCAGCACCAGCAUCACCUGCUCCCUUUACCUGAGUUUCAAAGUCUCCAUCUAGCAGAUAAAAUAAAUGUGAAAAAAAAAUUGAAUGCUGCUCGUAAGUGAUCUGGUGCGAGCUGUAAGUGUCAAGAUGCCGGUGUCGGCCUGUUAGGGUGGCCGGUACCAUUUCUAUGUGAGUUGUAUCAUAUACGCGUUAAAAGAUUGUCACAGUUAACAUUUGAUUUAGAGUUUUGGUGCAGCACCUCAUGUAACUAUAGGUUCCAUGGGGCAAGAAAAUAGAUCGUGGCCUACAAAACUAAUCUCGAGCAGUCGGAUUUGGCAGCAAGUUUGGGACACACAAUUCCACACCCACCUUAAAGUAAUUGUUUCAGCCCCAUCAGGUGGUCUAAUGAAAAGUCUUGUACUCCUCACCUUCCAAUCAUGACACCAGCAAAAGCACUGCUACUGCAACACAGAAAGCAUAGAUAGCUGUAGCUUGAAAUAGAAGAUAUAACACAGAGAAAGUUCAGACUUAAGAAAAAAGACUCUCUUCAAAAAAGCUACUAGUUUUUGCCAGCAAUAAUCUUAUAAAAUAUAAAAUGGGAAAAUUUACUUUAUAGUGUAAAUAAACCAUGUGGGAAAAGAAUUGCUCACAUUUUAUUGUAGGAAAACCAAAACAUGGAAAGAUUACAAGUUGCCCAAGAUCACACGGGAAUUCAGUAGCAGAGGUGGGAAAUUAAUCCGGCUCUCCUGUACUUCAGCAUGUUUAAAACACAGUGUAGUCCUUCAUAUUUGCAGAUUCUUCUCAUCUAUGCAGGUUUUAAGAAGGGAAAUAAAAUCAACUGUGCUCAAAAAUAUUUCAUUUUCAGUGAAAUGGGACUGGAAUUGGAUGCACACUGGCAGAAGGUUUGUGCCACUUAAAGCUUUAAUUUAAUCACUGUUUUUCACAGCUCAGGAAUCUUACUGUUGUUUAAGUGCCAGAUUACUCAAGCUGUUGAGAAAAUGAAUUCUCAAGAACUCUGAUUAUUUUUCUCAAAAUAAGCUGUUCACGUUGUUGAUUUCUUUACUUGACACAACCCAAUAAACCAGAUAACAUCCCGUCUGCUUUUCCUCUCCUUUGGGGAAGGAAAGACUUAACUUACAGAGCCUGCGGAAGGAAGAAAACCUUCAGCAGUCAUACUGGUCACUCUGGCGCACCUGUGUCGUAAAAAUCAAACUAACACUACUUGUUGCUUUUCCUGUCUGGGGAGGCUCAGAACAUGGCCCGUUACCCUAAGCCACGGAGGGGCGAGUAUACAUAAGCUUUGCAUAUGUAUAUCCAAACUAGCGGCACUUCACCAGAUCCAUUUCAAGCAUUCUAAAAUGACCUUUUUAAAAAUAUCUUUUAAGGCACAUCACAACACCAAGAAAAUGGACUCAAACUCUUCAUUUGACUGGCCUCAUGUGCUGAAUUAUAAUAGGACAUACAGGUACCUCUACUUAGAAGGCAACGUCUCCUGUGUGGACUUCUACCUCCAUCAGCCCUCGGUGGCAGCUGUCUUCAUCGUCUCCUAUCUCCUCAUCUUCCUGCUCUGCAUGGUUGGCAAUGGAGUAGUUUGCUUUAUUGUUCUGAGGAGUAAACGCAUGCGUACGGUUACAAACCUCUUCAUCUUAAACCUGGCCGUCAGCGAUUUACUGGUGGGAAUCUCCUGCAUGCCCACCACGCUCCUGGACAACAUCAUUGCAGGAUGGCCGUUUGGGAGCCUGGUUUGCAAGAUGAGUGGGAUGGUCCAAGGAAUUUCUGUCUCUGCCUCUGUCUUCACUCUGGUUGCUAUUGCCGUAAACAGGUUUCGCUGCAUUGUUCAUCCGUUCAAGCAGAAGAUGACCAUUUCAACUGCAGUCAUCAUCAUAGCCGUCAUCUGGAUUCUGGCCAUCGCAACCAUGUGUCCUUCUGCCGUCAUGCUGCAGGUACAAGAAGAGAAGCAUUUCAGGGUGAUCCUUGGCUACGGGAACGAAACCCGCCCCGUAUACUGGUGCCGAGAGGACUGGCCUGACCCGGGAAUGAGAAAGAUCUACACAACGGUUCUCUUUGCGAACAUCUAUCUGGCUCCCCUGUCGCUCAUUGUUAUCAUGUACACCAGGAUAAGCAUUGCUCUCUUCAACACCACGAUGUCCGCAGUGGGAAAGCACAGCCAGGAGCAACGACACAGCACGUCAAAGAAGAAACAAAAAGUAAUCAAAAUGCUCAUUAUUGUGGCUUUGCUUUUCACCCUCUCCUGGCUUCCCUUGUGGACUCUGAUGAUGCUUUCCGACUAUGCCAACCUUUCAGACGUCCAGUUGCAGAUCAUCCACAUUUAUAUCUAUCCCUUUGCUCACUGGCUGGCCUUUUUCAAUAGCAGCGUCAACCCCAUCAUCUACGGUUUCUUUAACGAAAACUUUCGCCGAGGCUUUCAGGCCGCCUUUAAACUUCAGCUCUGCUCCCGGGAGAUGGCUCACAGGGACACCCGUUCUCAGCAAGGCCACAGCAACGUCAUUUUGCCAGCUGGCAACCACCAGACGCCCCAGGAUCAAGCUUCUCAAAACGCUAAGGAGAAAGGGAAGACAGUCAAGAAAGGAAAUUGGGUGAAUAACCAGCAGGAUUUGAUAAUGGAGGAGCUAGAAGAGGCCUGCAAUGAUGGGAUUAAGUGCAACAUGAUGGGAUUAAGUGAAACAUGCUACGAACUACCAAAAUGA